AGCACGAGGCUUUUCGUCUAGCCUGUGCAAGCAUGACAGAGCCACCGAGUGAGAAAUCCGGGUCCGAGAAACCACUCAUCAAAACCCAUGCAAGUCUCACAAGACGACAGAAAAAGACCAUCGAUAAGAGGGGAGGCCAUCUUCAUGCAAACAUUUCAAACAACCUGGUUUCUCUUUAGGCUCUCCAUUUUCAAUUCCCAUAGCCUUGCUUUUCCUCUCUAUGGCUAAGACAUAUUGCAGACACUAGGUGGUUUUAGCAUCAGCACUUUGUUUUACCUGCUUUUCACUCCUUUCCAGUUUCGAGUUUCGGGUUUCGAGUUUCGAGAGGUGGCAAUGAAUCACGAACUCCCUCCUGGUUUUAGAUUCCACCCUACAGAUGAAGAACUGAUCGUGUAUUACCUCCAGAACCAAGUCAUGUCCAGGCCGUGCCCUGUGUCCAUCAUCUCCGAACUCGAUAUUUAUAAAUUCGAUCCAUGGCAAUUGACUGAAAAUGCCAAGCUUGGCGAGAAGGAAUGGUACUUCUUCACCCUGCGUAGCCGGAAGUAUCUGAACGGGGCGCGUCCUAACCGAGCAGCAGUUUCGGGGUAUUGGAAAGCCACGGGUUCUGACAAGGCGAUCUAUAGCGGGUCUAAGCAUGUAGGAGUGAAGAAAUCCCUUGUGUUUUACAAAGGCCGGCCACCUAAGGGCUUAAAAACGGAUUGGAUCAUGCACGAGUAUCGUUUGGCUGAUUCAAGGACGAACGUGCAACAUCGCUCUAUGAAAUUGGAUUGGGUCCUAUGCAGGAUAUACAAGAAGCAACGCUCGAGUAAAUCUUUGGAUAGAAAAGUGGAAGACUUCCAUGGCCAAAGUAACCGAACCAUGACGAAUGAGGCUAGUGACAAGCAAGUCAUGAGAUUACCUAACUUUUGCUCACUUACUCCUGAUCUGUUGCAAUUGGACUACUUUGGUCCCAUCUCACAGUUUCUGAUAGGCAGCUCAUACCAUCCAACCUUUGAUGGCCAAAACAUCAUUGUUGAUGGUGAAGCUUAUGGAGCUGAGAAGAAACUUCAGUUACAUGGAAACAAAGUGUCUUGCCUUUAUGCAGAUCAAGGGAAAUUAUGACCAAACAGAAAAAUCUCUUAAGCCACGCAAGAUAUGUCUGCCAAACACUGUAUAUGGUGUAUUGUGAUCGCUUGCAGGCUGAUAAACUAAAAGAAGAUUGUGCUGACCGUCUUUUAAAUUUGUGAAAUUUGUGUGUUUAGACUUGAGAGCGUACAUACUUCUUUUGACAAGUUGUGAAAUUUGUGUGCAACUAAUUUUGAAAUGUAAUGGUUCUUGAAGAUUUUAGCCA